ACCCCUCUCCUCAAAAAAUCAUAAUAACAUAUCUUUUUUAAAACAAAAAUAAUUAUAAUUUUUUCUUUUUAAGAAAAAAAAUUAAUUGUUUUUUUUUAUUAUGGCUGAAGAAACUUUGAAUACAAGUGCUGGUGGUGCUACGGUGGCGGCACCGGAGGUUGUGGCUGCCGUCGUUCCACCGGCUGAAGAGGUUACAAAAGUUGAAGAGAGUAAGGCUGUUGAAGAGGUGACGGCGUGUGACAAAGACGCGCCGCCGCCGGAAGCGGAAGAAGAAAAACCAAAAACUGAUGAAGAAAAAGAAAAGAUUUCGGAAUCGGCUUCUUUUAAAGAAGAAUCUAAUGUUGCCGGAGAAUUACCUGAUCCACAAAAAAAGGCUUUAGAUGAGUUUAAAGCUUUAGUUCAAGAGGCCCUUAAUAAGCACGAGUUUUCCGCUCCGCCGGCGCCGGAAAAACCUCCGACGAAGGCGGUGGAAGAAGAAAGUAAGAAAGAUGAGACAACCCCAGAAGCGGCGGUGGUGGUGGAAGAAACUCCGGCCAAGCCUGUUGAAGAAGAGACUAAGAAAGAUGAUCCAACUCCGGCUGCGGCGGCGGCGGAGACAUCUGAGCCUCCGGUGGAGUGUAAAACUGAAAAAGAAGCAACACCGAUUAAAGAAGAGGUAGUGGAAGAAGUGAAAACGGAAACCCCAGAAAGCGAAGCGGCCAAAGAAGUUGAAAAAAAGGUUAUAACUGAAGAAGAAACAACACCGCCGCCGCAGACGGCGGUGCCGGUGGUGGAAGAGCCACCAGUGCCGGUCGAGCCAGAGGAAGUUUCAAUAUGGGGGAUUCCGUUGUUAGCAGAUGAAAGAAGUGACGUUAUUUUACUAAAAUUCCUCAGGGCACGUGACUUCAAAGUGAAAGAAGCUUUUGCAAUGCUAAAAAGCGUGGUGACGUGGCGCAAAGAAUUCGGAAUUGAAGAAUUGUUGACCGAAGAUUUAGGAACAGAACAAGAAAAAGUUGUGUAUAUGCAUGGAACAGACAAAGAAGGUCAUCCUGUUUGUUACAAUGCAUAUAGUGAAUAUGGAAAUAAAGAGUUAUAUAAUGAGACUUUUUCAACUGAAGAGAAAAGGACUAAGUAUAUAAAAUGGAGGAUUCAGUUUCUUGAAAAGUGUAUCAGGAAACUUGAUUUUAGUCCUGAUGGAAUUUGCACAAUUGUGCAAGUUAUUGAUUUUAAAAACUCUCCUGGACCUUUUCAGUGGGAGUUGAGACAAGUUACUAAACAAGCUUUGCAGUUGUUUCAGGAUAAUUAUCCUGAAUUUGUUGCUAAACAGGUGUUUAUCAAUGUUCCAUUCCUGUACUUGGCUUUCUACAAGGUUGUGAAUCCUUUUUUUACCCAAAGGACCAAGAGUAAGUUUGUGUUUGCUGGUCCUUCAAAGACUGCUGAAACACUUUUCAAAUACAUAGCACCAGAGUUGGUUCCAGUUCAAUAUGGUGGGCUUAGCAGGGAAGGAGAACAAGAAUUUACAUCUAGUGACUCUGUCACAGAAGAGAUUAUUAAACCUGCUUCCAAACACUGUGUUGAGUUUGCUGCUCCUGAGACUUGCACAUUGGUAUGGGAAGCUAGAGUGGUGGACUAUGGAAUCACAUACGUAGCCGAGUUUGUGCCUGCAGCUGAAGACGGCUACACCGUGAUCAUUCAAAAGUCACGAAAGAUUUCAGCCACGACCGAUGAGCCAGUGUUAUGCGGAUCAUUUAAAUGCGGUGAACCAGGCAAAGUGGUCUUGACCUUUGACAACCAAACCUCAAAGAAGAAGAAAGUCCUAUACAGGAGCAAGACCAAAGUGUCAUCUGAUUAAGCACUGAAAGACAAAGGAAGGAUCAAAAAAUGGCUGGCUGUUUGUUUAAAUUACCAAAAUAGGUUUCAUUUUUGUUGGGUCAUUGUUAUUAUUUCUAUUAAAUUUUUUAUUCAUGGAUUUAUAUUUAUCUUUGGGGAUUUGAGGAAUCUUUUUUACAUGGGAUUCUUUUUUGGGAUUUGUCUGUUUGGGUGUGUGAUUACUUUGCUUUAUACAAAUACUCUAUGUGCAUUGUUGGACUUUUGGACCAAGGAAAGUAAAGUAAACAUUUGAAAAUUUUUGUA